AUGACAUUGCGAUCCGACUUGAACGGGUCGUUGCCGUACGCCCCAACCGCCAAUGGCGAGACGUCAACCUCGAGGUUCCGCGGUCAAGGUCAAGGCGACAGCAGCCCCGACCACGAUGAUCUUUCCAACGACACCGCCGACAACAUACGACCUUCCAGCGCUCCCGGUCGAAAGAAUGGUAUUGCAGCUGCCGAACACAGAGAUGAUUUUGAACACAAUCGAGAGAAACGUCCGGUGAAGCCGCCUCUACUGCGAUCCAAGAGCGACUUUGCACCACGCCCUGUCGAAGACUCGGAUACUGACGAAGAUAUUCGCGAAUGGGGAGCUCGACAUGGCUUCGAGGACCACUAUCAGUCUGAACACAUCAUAUCACAAUUAGCAAGUAAUUGGUACAUGUAUUUCACCGAUAAACGCCACGAGACAACCGGAAAACCGAAACGCUUAGAAUAUGAGCUGCAAGAUUGGAGGCAAAGGGACAGACUUAAGACUGUGUCUGCUGCCCUUGCCGUAUGUCUGAAUAUUGGAGUCGAGCCUCCUGACCAGCUCAAGACGACUCCCGGAGCAAAACUCGAAGCCUGGACUGAUCCCACUAUUCCCCCCAUCCAGAAGGCGUUGGAGAACAUUGGGAAGGCUUUACAGGCACAGUACGAAACACUGGCUAUCCGUGCUCGAUAUAAACAGUACCUGGAUCCGUCAGUUGAGGAAACCAAGAAGUUUUGCGUGUCUUUACGACGAAAUGCCAAGGAUGAGCGAGUGCUGUUGCACUACAAUGGCCAUGGCGUACCGAAACCCACCGCAUCCGGCGAGAUUUGGGUAUUUAACAAGACAUAUACCCAGUACAUUCCUGUCUCCUUAUACGACUUACAACAAUGGUUGCAGGCCCCGACCAUCUUCGUGUGGGAUUGCUCGGAAGCUGGCAACAUCUUAAAUAACUAUCAUCGUUUUGUCGAGAAGCAUGAAGAGGAAGAAGAUGAAGCCGCGGAAAGGGAUCCUCAUUAUGAAAAGACGAGCUUCCGCCCUUAUAUUCACCUUGCUGCCUGUGCGGUCAAGGAAAACCUCCCUACGAAUCCGCAGCUGCCAGCAGAUCUAUUUACAGCAUGCUUAACAACACCCAUCGAGAUGGCGCUGUGGUUUUUCGUCCUCCAAAAUCCCCUCAAGACGAACCUUACUCCAGAACGUGCGAAGCAACUGCCCGGCCGUCUUCAAGAGAGACGGACUCCGCUCGGCGAGCUGAACUGGAUCUUUACUGCAAUUACAGACAGCAUCGCUUGGACGACGCUACCUCGAGAUUUAUUCCGGAAAUUCUUUCGCCAAGAUCUCAUGGUUGCUGCGCUGUUCAGGAACUUCCUUCUAGCCCAAAGAGUCAUGACUGUUUAUGGCUGUCAUCCCCAAUCGUACCCUGCUCUACCGGACACACACCAACAUCCUCUCUGGGAGACCUGGGAUCUAGCCGUUGACAUGGCUUUGGCACAGCUCCCUAUGCUGGAAAGAAAGGAGAGUGAGGGCAUCGACUACGAGUACCAAAAUUCUACCUUCUUCACGGAGCAGCUGACAGCCUUUGACGUGUAUUUGACCAGAGGUGAUGCCAUGGCGCAGAAACCUCCUGAUCAGCUACCUGUGGUCCUGCAAGUUCUGCUCAGCCAACAACAUAGAGUGCGAGCUCUCAUUCUACUUGGAAGAUUUUUGGAUCUCGGCCCUUGGUCGGUUCAACUAGCACUCAGUAUCGGAAUAUUCCCCUACGUCUUGAAGCUCCUACAGUCUGCUGCGGCUGAAUUAAAACCUGUCAUGGUCUUCAUCUGGGCAAGACUGAUUGCGGUAGACAUCUCGUGCCAGCAGGACCUUAUCAAGGACAGCGGAUACAGCUACUUCGCCCAGAUCCUGAAGCCCUCCGAGGGUCUCCCCGUGGUGGACAGCGAUGAGCAUAAAGCCAUGUGCGCUUUCAUCCUUGCGAUGCUCUGCAAGGAUUAUAAGAACGGCCAGAUGGUUUGCAACCAGACGGAUAUCAUGUCCUAUUGCUUGUCUCAUUUGCAAAAUGAAGGCAACCCCCUCCUUCGGCAAUGGGCAUGCUUGUGCAUUAGCCAGCUGUGGCAAGACCUACCCGAGGCGAAAUGGAGAGGCAUUAGAGAAAAUGCCUAUGUUAAACUGGCGUAUCUGAUGAGAGAUCCCUGCUGCGAGGUCCGCGCUGCAAUGAUUCACGCGAUGACUACCUUUUUGGGAAUCCCAGACUUGACCGAAGAAGUGGCUCGCAUCGAAGAGUCUAUUGCUUGGACCAUCUUAGAGAUGGGCACAGAUGGUAGCCCGAUGGUCCGAAAAGAAUUUCUUGUCUUCCUGUCUCAUUUCAUGAAUCGCUUCGAGAGCAAGUUCCUUGUCGCAGCGUAUGAACAACUCCAGGAAGAAAAGGAAUAUUUAAUGUACCCACCUCAGGACGACGGGCAGGAUCACAAGAUGGGGCUGCACUAUGCCAGACGAGAGAAUCGGAAUAAAGACGGAACAAUCAAACCCAUGGCCCAGGGGCUCUCACACAAUACCGUCUACAUGGCGUGUUGGAAGCAUGCGCUUAUUCUCAGCGUUGACCCGCAUCCUGAGGUUCAACGCGAGGCCACCAUCAUUGUUGACUAUGUACACAAUGCCUUGAUAAACUCCACCGUUGGUGAAGCGGCUCAAGGGUUGAUGCGAGAGAUUCAGACACGAGCAAGGCAAGUAGCUAUUCAGAAAAACGCCGCCAAUGCCGCUCAAAAGUCCAACCUGAUGGGUGGGCCGGCAACACCGCCCCUUCCCUCGCCUGGUAUUUUGCGCAGGACUGCGAGUUUGCUCUUCCAGUCGUUCAUAGGAAGCGAAGACAGGUCGCGUCCAAGUACACCGGCAAGUCCAAUACCGCCUCGAUCACCAUCAGCAAAAUUUGCACCGGACCAGAUGACCGCACCCCCUGAACAAAGUGACUAUGGCUCAGCAACAGCCUCAUACAAUGUUGCGCGCGAGCCAAUGACGGGAGGAUAUGAGGAGAGGGACCUGACCAAGGCCCCUAGCAUGCCGCUGAAGAGCAGGUUCCUCGAGUGGUCCAUUGAGUAUUUCCGUGAGCCACAAAUGAAACCCAGUGAAGCAGAUGAACCUGGCAGCACCGAGUACAAUGAGCGUCUGUGGAGACGAGCUCGCAACGAGAACAUGCUACGGGAGACCCAACCGCUGAAGCAAAUUGCCGGUACUCACAAGUGGAACAAUCAGCUGGGAAUGGUGAAUAAUGGUGCUCAGCCUGCCAAGAUGACGUUCCAUCAGUAUGAGGAUCACUUGGCUGUAUCGGACGAUGGCAACACCGUUUACGUGUGGGAUUGGAAGAAGCAGGGUCGUUUGAGCCGAUUUUCAAACGGAAACCCGCAGGGAUCCAAAAUCAGCGACAUGAAGUUCAUCAACGAGGAUGACCAGGCAUUCUUGCUGACAGGAUCUUCAGACGGUGUGAUUCGGGUGUAUCGCAAUUACGACUCGGAUAGGGAUAUUGAGCUGGCAACGUCCUGGCGGGCGCUGACACACAUGGUCCCCAGCAAUGUCAACUCAGGCAUGGUGUUUGACUGGCAACAAGUAACGGGCCGAGUCCUUGUGGCCGGAGAUGUAAGGGUGAUUCGUGUGUGGUACGCAGCGCACGAAACCUGUGUCAUGGACAUACCCGCGAGAUCAGGCUCGUGUGUCACAUCCCUAACAUCAGACCAAAUGACUGGUAACAUAUUUGUUGCUGGCUUUGGAGACGGCGCGGUCCGCGUGUUCGACACAAGACAGCGUCCGCAGGACUCCAUGGUACGCAAGUGGAAGGACGAAUCCGACAGACAGUGGAUCAAGAGCGUGCACAUGCAGCGAGGCGGCCAGCGCGAACUGGUGAGUGCCAGCCGCAACGGUAAGGUGAAGGUGUGGGAUAUCCGGAUGGAUAGACCAUUGCACUCUUUCCAGACAACCCGGGACACAUUGCGGACAGCCAGUACGCAUGAGCAUCUGCCCGUCUUUGCAGUAGGCACGUCCCAACACACAGUCAAAGUAUUCAACCUCCAAGGCAACGAGCUUUCCCGCCUCGAGCCCUACUCCAGUUUCCUUCAGCAAAACAGAGGGGCUCCCAUCUCAGCCACGGCCUUCCAUCCACACCGACCUAUCCUCGGCUGUGCAGCCCGCGGCGACCACCACAUCAACCUGUUUACGUGCGACAAGACGGAGGCACUACACUUUGGCUAG